GUUAUCAACACCGUCUUCAUCUUCAUUUGUUAAUAAACUUGCGGUUGUUUAGAGUGUAGGUGUCAAGUGAAAAGACGUGAACUAAGGUAAUCUUGAAAGGAUAUAAGCCACAUACUUGUUGAAAAUUUCAUUUGAAGCAGGUACCGCAAAAUGUAAUCCGUUAAGUUAGCAGCGAUACCUCUAAACACGGCCGUUAGCUAUUAGGGAUGUUACAUCACUACAAUUAUUCAACAUCAUUGAGUCAUUUUCUAAGUUAUCAUCAAUUAGAAGAUCGAUCAAAUGAAAACGAACAUCAAACUUCGAAUUUGUGUGACGAUAUUGUUCAAGAAAAUGAUAUUCGAUGUAGAAGUAAUUCUUCCGCUAGUAAUAAGUCUUUUACGAUAGCUGCAAUAUUGGGAUUGAAGAAUGAUAACAAAAACCUAGGUAGCGCGGUAGGUUCUGCGACCGAUUUAAGUGUCGUGAACUUAUCGACGGGCGGUGACCGAAGCGGUGGCGCUCUGAUAUCUGGUUGCAGCAGGUUACAACUUCCGGUACACGUCUCGUCGGUGUCAGGCACUGCCGCUCCUGGAGGCCACUUUGCCCCCUCUAACCCUUCAGAUACUGGUCGCGGAUGCCCCCCGUCUAGGCACAAUGUGAGGAAUUCCCUCAAGCACAUGUCACAUGGUGUAUUACAAAAUAAAAAAAGUUGUAAAAGCAAAAGAGUCAGAACGAUUUUCACUCCCGAACAAUUGGAAAGGCUGGAAGCGGAAUUCGAAAGACAGCAAUAUAUGGUUGGACCGGAACGACUUUAUUUAGCACAUACGCUUCAACUCACCGAGGCACAAGUGAAGGUCUGGUUUCAGAAUAGGCGUAUAAAGUGGCGCAAACACCAUUUAGAAUUAACACAUCAACGUCUUGCGGUUUUGAAACAGCAACAGCUUCUACUCGAUGACACUCAACCGGAUGUACAAGAUACUAAUAGUUCCGGAACGGAUACGUGAGUUUAAUAAUAAAAAAAAUAUAUUGUGACGCUAAAGUAAACUUACGCAAAUAUGAUUAAUUAAAGAGAAACGAAACUAAAAUGUUGUUUAUUCAGAAUCAUUUAUUUUUAAUAAAUCAAAUUAUUGAAAUAUUAUUUUUAGACGACGCCAUCUGAAAGUUGUUCGUUCUGUAUUCAUUUACAUACCGAAAGUUGCGUUUUGAGUUUUACAUGUAGUAAAAGUGACAGUUCCGUACUGCAAAACACUUUCAGGACGCUCUGGAUUAAACAACUUUAACUUUCUUAAAUGCGACUCUAGCCACUUCAAUGUUGACAGUUGACAGUUUCACUUCGAUGAUUUUGUAUAACCUUAAAUUUUUAAUUUUCUGAAAUUAUUUGUUUUAUCCGAAGUUUUGUCUAAAUGAAUGAAUAACGAUGAAUGAUGAUGGAAAAGAAAACCUCAGUGAUGAAGAGUUACUCGAAUCCACGUCACCUGAUCUCACCCAAAAAAGCAAUGCGGCCGUUCUUAAUUCUUUGCCGGAUAAAUCUCGUGCAAGGUACGAAAAACAGUACGAGCUCUUUAUGAAGUGGUGUCACCAGAAAAAAUUAUAAAUAAAAUGUUUAUAAUUCUCUAUUGAAAAAGUUUUUAAUUCAUGCGUCGUCUAAAAAAUGAAAAAUGUUGUGUACACCGCGGCUGAAAUACUACUUUUUUGGACUCCUUGGCAUACAAAUAACUAUUGUCAUUUGAUUCCAAGAUAAACGAACGCGGAAAGUAAAAUUGUUAUUUGGUGACGUUACUGAAUUUUAAUAUCAAUCAAAGAUUCUAUCAUAAUUAGUUUUUUAAGCUUAAAAAUCAAUGCAAUAAACAAAAUCAUUUUUAUUUUAUUAACGUUUUCCUACUACUGAAAUAAAUUGUAUUUAAGUUUUAUCAAAUACUGAGAAUCUUUAUUCCUACAGCUUAAGUUGGAAAUUCCUAAAAUUGCCACAAUUACUAGAAAAUUUCUCUUAAAAAUGUUAUUAUUGAAAUGAGAUUUUCCCUGGUCGACACCACAGUAUAAUAAAAUAAUAAAGUUGAGUUGAACACCUUAAGUUUUGAGAUAGACAAAUAAAAUUCAAUAUGGCUAAAACAAAUUUGGAUGUGGCUUUAUUGUUUUCCAAAAUAUUCUUCAUUGAGAUCCAUACACUUUGACAUGCGUUUGCACCAAUUGUCGUAGCAUUAAGAUAACUGCAAAAUAUGUGAUUUGAUUGCAUCAACUGCUUCUUCAGGAGUAGAAAAACGUUUACCACGCAAUUUAUUUUUAAUCUGUGGGAAUAAGAAGGAAUCAUUUGGUGCCUGCACGGUGGGUUACCCAUCAAUUAAAUGUUUUGACUGUUCAAAAACGUUUUUGUUUGAACUGAUGUGUGAGAGCUCGGAUUGUCGUGGCGAAGAAUGAUUCGUCUUCUGCGAUUGGUUUCCCUGAUUUUUCGAAGACUUCUGUCAAACAAAUGCUGAUAUACCAUUCAGAAUUGCCCGUUCUACGUUGCUGUAAUGGAACGACGGCGACAUGUUCAGUUAUACCGAAAAAACAGGCGACCAUUCACGCUUCGUGCGUGAACAAUUUUCGUUUAGUUUCGGCUUCAUAUGCAUAGAUUUUUUCAGCAUAUCUGUGCUCCAGUCGACACAAAUUCAUCCUAAAGCGAAGUGCGAUCACGAAUUAAUUCGGAAAAUCGGCGAAACACGGUAGCUCGACAUGGUGCUUCAUCACGAAAAAUUAAAACGAGUUGAUUGGCACACUGCUGGGUUAAUCCGCUCGAAAGCCAUCGAAUAAUCAUCGCACGAAAAUGUUCGCGAUUUAUGUCCAUUUUUUGAUCAAGUUGAAUGUUUUAAGUAACUGUAAACAACUUGAAUAGCACCUGUAUCUUCAUGACGGCAAUGUCAGAUUUGACAUAGUCACAUCAGUGUUGCCAUUUCCCAAAACUUGAAUAGUAACCCUCGUAACCAUAGACAUAGACCACUAGUCACCACAGAUUAUAUUGAGAGAGAGAGAGAGAGAGAGGUUCGUUGGGUUUUUUGUGAUUGGGAGAAGAUAUUAUUUACGUGGAAGAACGGAUGCAAUAGGCUGGAAAAGAGAAAAAAAUAAUUGAAAAAAACGUGGAAAAGCAAACCCCCGAAACAAACUAUCUAAUUUCCGCAGAUUGUGAUGA